GUGUCUCCAGGUUCCCCGCACCUCUCGGUUCCGGCAGCUCGCCUCCGCCGCCGCCGCCGUCCAGUGCGUCACCGGCAUUCCCGUCGCGCUUCAAGUAGUUGAAUGGAGUCCCGGGACUGUUGUGCUUGGCGAGAUUUCAAGAUGCCAUCUUCUUUGAUGGCACUCCGCAUUUGGCUACCCGUCAUUCCCGCUCUGCAUUCAGGCUGGACCAAGAGGCGAGACUGGUACUCUCUCCAUAGUUACAGUGGGGGAAACUUGGAGGAGAAUUCAAAUGCCACCCGACAUUGAUUUUUCUGGUUUCAUUGGGCAGUCCCAGGGACGACUAUGUGCUGCGCUUAUAGCUCAUGCCUCAUGAAAAUGGUUUCCAGCUUUCAGUUUGGGUUCUUGAGGAUUCUGCUAGUGGACAGUGGACCUUGAAGCAUACUGCCAGCAUUUUCGAGCUGUUAGGAUGGCCUCGCCUCAAAACCGGUGAACUCUACAUGUUGACUGCGAUCCAUGCAGAAUGUAACUUGAUUUACCUUAGAGGCAGGGUGACACCGGAAGAAACACUUAUGGCGUACGAUAUGGAUAACAGCAAACCGCAAGUUAUCUGUUCUCUUGGAGAAUCCUGGCCGUGGAGAUUCCGGCCUUACAUUUCCUGUUUUGUGGAAAGUCGGUCAGAUGCUCGCGAGCAGCUUAACAUUUGCUAAGUUGGCAUGACUCCAGUGGCUUAUGAAAACCAGAUGUUGGGUACAGUCCAGAUUAUCCUAGUUUGGGGCAGUGGAUUCGAUAAGUCCUACAAUCUACCCCAAUUUGGUUUUCUGUUGGUAUUCAGGAUAUUCAGUGGCAUGCCUUUGAACACCGCUGGCUAGUCUGGAACAAAUUUUAAGCUACCCUUCCAUGUGUAAUGCCAGUUAUAUGAAUGAACCUUGUCAGGUAAUCUCUUUGCUUUAAGCACUGAUUGUUGUCGUCACUUGUUAGCUCUAUGUGAGACACUGGGCAUUAUAUAUGUUUGAAAUUAUCGGCAUUUUCACCUCUUUCUAUUCAUUUAUGUAGCAGGCACCUUUACUGUCCAACUUGUUAUCCGUCACAGCAAAAUUUCGAUGUCACCCUGAAUUGAUACGCUUGAAAGUAGUAUUCUCAUAUGUUAUUUGAAAUAGUUAUCUCUUUUGUGCUAAUUUAAUACCUUGGAAUCUUGGAUCAACUGUUCUGAGUUGUUGUACAUAUAGGCAGUGAUUCUUCCAGUUAAAUCUUCGUGUAUGGUGUCAAACAACAUGUACUAGACCAAGACAGAAUUAUAUUUUAUUUGUUUCUAGGAGAACAGAAUAGCACAACUCAUUCACUGGUAUGUUUGUAGUACAGACUGGUCAUGUAAUGCCAUGAAGGUUCGCCGUUCAUCACCAUAGCUCUUACACCCCAUAGUCUGUUGUUUAUCCUUGUUCUGAGUAAACUGUCCAGGACCAUUAUAGUUCUGCCUUGAGUUCCUGACUAAACUAGACCGUUAUUCCUUCAUAUAUUCUUACUUUUAAUCCAGGUUGUUGUCCAACUGAAUCCAUUUCUGAAGCAUCAUAAGAUUUUUUUUAUCCAUAUUUGAACUUACUGAAUUUUCUUAGCUACUACGUAGCAUUCUAAACCAUGCAUUGAGUUCUUAAAUGUGCAAAUUGAAUUAUUUUCUGGUAGCUAUUCAAUAGUUUAUAGUUUAGACUGCUAAAGUUAAGCAGAAACAAACAAAUAAAAGUUAAAUCUGGGUAUGAUUAAUAAAUCAUGCAACUUCUUCGUGUUAUUUCAGUUUUGAGCACUGCUCUUCACUAGAAGCUGAACAUGACAACAUUUUUUUAUAUAUGGAGACCGCAUAAAACACGCUACCUUGAUCCUGUUAAUGCUAGUUAUGUAGAAAGUUAGUCAUGUUACUGUUACUUAUCAAAAGUAACAUAUUUGCCAUGGGGUUUGUUUGGAAAUAGCCACUCAGGAACGAUUCUCAUAAAAAAAAAGGGAAAACGUAAAACAGCAGAGUGUAGAUCCAUGUUAAAACUUAAAGUGAAAGAUAGGCUGUGCAAGAUCAUGGUGAAUCAGCAAUCACAAAUUACCGGCAACGAUUACAAUGAUGCACAUAUAGUGAAUUCUGAGGUUUCCCUGUGAAAGAAUUUGUUUUUUUUCUUCCAAAUAUUAGCUGUUUGAUCUUCCUCCUUCAUAGACCUGACUUUCCCUGUGCUUUGACAUCUACCCCUUGACAUUCUCACACUCUAAUAACUCUACCACACCUGUAUCUAUAGGCCACAUCAAAGGAGAUAAUGUUUUGAUUCUUCCACUCUACCAACCUUGAGCGUGUUUUUGCGUUCAGGAUUUCAGAAUAAUAACAAAUAGCUGGAAUUUCCUGCCUGGGAAGUUGAGUGUCUAGAACACAUUAUUCAUUUAGCAUCUUGCGAACUUCCUUUAUUGAUUUGAGUGAUGUGAUCUAUCCAUCCCCUUGCUGUAAACAUGAUGUUAUUUAAGAGAAUUUAAGUCGGUAGCAUGAUAACUUCGCUUGUUGGUUGGAUGCUGAAGUUGGCAUAAAUCCAGAAAUGUGUAUGUACAUCCCUUUAAACAUAAUGGCAAUAGCUCGUAAUUCCUGAACAGUAUAUCUUUUAUUCUGAUCUCGAUCUUUGUCAGUUUGAUGCACGUAAGAACAGUGCUAUGCGGUAAGUUUGUUACUCAUAGGUUAGAAGUUUUCUGUUUCCGAGUCUGGAUCUAGUCACCAUAGUUUGCUCUUCUCCUUUUCUGGUGAGAACUGAGAGCUCUGAUAAAGUUCGAUACCAAAACAAAACAUACACAUACUGAAUGGCCUGAUCAAUGGAUGAAAAUACUUCCCAAUUUAAUCUAUGGGCAGCGCUCUAGCUUUCAGCUCUGAUAAAGUUGGACUAUAGUUUGUUCAAGUAUGACAUUUUAAUUCUUUGAGCCUGUAGGCCCGUAGAGCUCCAGUUUUUUCCUUCGAGAAAAUGCACAUUCUAGCUCCAAAUUUUAGGAGAGACAAACAAAGUCUUCUUUUGUUUUUCAUUACCUACGAUAUAUUCUGCAGCAUGCUGACUUCAUUGUGCAUCUCUAAAUUUUCUCUUCAAGUAUACUUUUCAAAGGCCUAAACUGAACAUAGAAUCAAACAUUACACAAAAAAACACAGAAAAUAAAGUUAAUGUUCAUCAAAGACCAAUAGUACAGAGGGAAAUAUAUGGUACUCCCUCCCUCUCAACUUUGUCUAGAUUCGGAUGUAUAUAGACAUAUUUUAGUUAUAGAUACAUCCGUAUCUAGAAAAAGUUGAGAAGCUUUUUUUGGGACGUAGGGAGUACUUAAUUUCAAGAGACAUAAACAAUAAUGAGCAUGCAGAAAUGCAGAAUGCCUCAGUUACUUUAGAAGGCAUAAUUCCUGUGAUAAAGGUGUCCACAAUCUUCCAUUUUGCAACAUUCCUUCUCGCAUUCUGGAAGUUGACUUUUGUCAAGACUCAAGCUUUGAUGUGGACUUAUUACAGUGAGUAAUCUCUACAAAGUGAUUUGGCCUUAGUGGGAGCUGAAUUGAAAAAUGUAUCUAAGUGCAUGUUCAAUUAGAAACUUGCUUUCUUGGCAAAAUAUCAGUGUUACAGUGGAAGUAGGCUACAUGUUUUGUCACCCUUAUUUUGUAUCCCCCUCUUGGCAGGAGUAGUGUUGUAGUUAUCUUGUUGAUUUGCAAAGCUGAAUGAAGCAUGAAGUAGAUAAUCUCUUAAGAAGAGUAUUUUUUAUGUUGUGAUCAUAUCUUCCCUAACUGACUACUUAUGAAAACGAGAAGUCUGAUAUUCUAUACAUGCGCCUUUUCGAGAAUGUUUUUUUGACUUUAUGGAAACCUCACCUUUGGUAGCAGCAUGUGCAUAAGGUGAGGAAAAAUAUGCAACAGUGAGGAACAUGUGAGCUUCUAUUACUAGGCAUAUCACAAGCAUAGCCUAUGAUUUACAAUGUAAGAAAGGCCAGAUCAGGUAGCUGAUGAAUCUGUCUCUCGAAAUAGCUUCACCUAGCUUGAUGCAGCCUCAAACCUCUAAUCUUAGAUAGGGUCAUAGGGACAACAAUUGCAUAUAUAUCACAUAUUUUUGCUUGAGUUGCCCCCCACAUUGGCCAUCCCAAUCAUUAAAAAAUGCAGAGAAUGGUAUAUGAUUCUUGCUGUAUGUAGUGGGUUCGCACACCAGAGAAACCAGAUGGAAACCUUUGCAUCACUCUGGUAUCAUAUUACCAAAAUUUCAUUGAGGUCAAUUUAUGUUUGUAUUUUUUUAGCACCAGUUGAAUUUCCACCGUUGAGAAGGGAUCAACUGUGCACCAUCUGUGAAAUCAACUUGGCAUACUUGCAAAGGUUCCCACCUUUGCUCCCGCAAACUGUAGUAGUUAUGAGAAAGUUCACAUCAACGUAAAUGAAAAAGAUUGUCUUGUCUUGUUCAGUAAAAUUUACUCCCUCCGACCCAUAUUAGUUGAUUCUAAUAUAGAUGUAUCUAGAUACAUUUUAGUUCUAAAUACAUCCAUAUCAAUGGCAAGUAAUAUGAAUCGGAGGGAGUAUUUCUAUUAUCAAAUAAUGUAAGCAUGACUGACUGUCAUUUUAUGACAAAAUAUACUGAGCUUAGAUUCCUUCCAGCAUGAUAUUUAAUCCAUUUGUGCUAUUGAAAGUAAGAAGAAACAAGUAUGACACUAUAAUUACAUAUUAAGCAGUUCUGUUGCUGUACUUGUGUCUUUAGAAUAUGUACCUUCAUCAACAGUGCACCACGUUUAUGCUGCAAGUUGACUUGCAUUUCAGCCCGAUAUGGUUCCCUCAUCCAUGCUGAUUUGGUAUCGGCACUUGAUAGGUACGCCUGGCAAUACAAUCAUUCUUUCUUGACACUAUAGCCUGAUGGUAUAGCGAAACAAGUUGCGGUAUGCAAUUCAUUCUGCACUGAAAUUCCACCAUCAAAAUAUAUUUUCUGAAAGUCCAUGGACUGAUGAUACUUGAAGUAAGAGGUUCUGCAAGAAAGCUUCAUGUCUAGGAAAUAAAUUCGCUUAUGCUUUAUAUUCCUUGACAUUUAGUUAACUCUAUAGCAUGGGAGUCACGCCAAUUCGUGCAGACGAAGGCAGUGGGCAUUAGUACUCCAUGCAACGAGCAGAGAAAUGCUUGGUUGGAUGCAAAAUGAGAUCAAAGGGAGAGGAAGCAACAUUUGUGUAUUUUGGUUCCCUCUCCACUAUCAAAGAUGCGUCUUAUCAACCUGUGUGCGUGAUGCACCCUUUUAACCUUUGCAGGAAAUGGUUCCAGAUUCUUGUCUUCAAAGCGUCAGGCUUCCACUAUAAAUAUAGCCAAAUGGGGAUGUGGACUUCACACACUUCCUUACAUCUGAGAUCAUACUAUUACUAGAGCUCAUAAGCAUAACGUGCAUAGUACUCUUGUUGCAGAGAAAAGACAACAAAAGCCAUGAGCUAUUAUGGAAGCAGCUCUUCUGGUGGCAGGGGUAGCCAUCGAGUGGAGUAUGGGAGGAGCUAUGUGGUGAGGCCAAAGGGGCGGCACCUAGCCACCAUUGUGUGGCUCCAUGGCCUAGGUGACAAUGGUGCAAGCUGGUCCCAGCUCCUGGAUUCUCUACCUUUGCCCAAUAUCAAGUGGAUAUGCCCCACCGCGGCAACCCGGCCUGUCACAUCUUUCGGCGGAUUCCCCUGCACUGCAUGGUUCGAUGUGGAUGACACUUCGGUGGAUGGUCACGACGACACCGAGGGGCUGGAUGCUUCGGCUGCACACAUAGCAAACCUACUGUCGUCCGAGCCGUCUGAUGUGAAGCUUGGGAUUGGCGGCUUCAGUAUGGGUGCAGCAGCUGCGCUGCACUCGGCAGCAUGUUAUGCUCACGGCAAAUUCAGCAGCGGCAUCCCCUACCCGAUCACGCUCAGCGCGGUCAUCAGCCUGAGUGGCUGGCUCCCGUGCUCAAGGACCCUGAGGAGCAAGAUGGAGAGCUCACACAUGGCAGCACGAAGAGCCCUCUCCCUGCCCAUCCUGCUCUGCCAUGGCAGAGCGGAUGAGGUCGUGUCCUACAGGAACGGUGAGCGGUCGACUGAGUUUCUGCGGUCAUCAGGGUUCUCGUGCCUGACUUUCAAGGCCUACAACGGGUUAGGGCACUACACUAUCCCCGAAGAAAUGGACGAUGUAUGUAAGUGGCUCAGCUCGAGGCUCGGCGUCGACCGGCCUCGCUAAAUUGAACAGCCCCUCUGUGCGCAUGCAAUGGCUUUCCCAGUAGCAUAUAGCAAAGAGUAUAAAACUAUAGAGGGGGUGAAUGUAGGUUUUGUAGCUUGUGACACUGGUGUUGUAUUGGUGUUGUGUAACAUGGUGUAAGGAGUGAGUACAUGAGAAGAAUAUGUAAUGUAGUGCUUUUUUCGUAAUGCGGGAAUAACGUGACGGAUACU